AUGCCUCGCGAGCUCGUUUUGCAUCGCUACACGAUCACGAUCGAUGCCCGAUACGACAAGGAUGGAAAGCAGCUCCCUGAACCUAUAAAACAAGAAACUGAAAAUGUGUAUCCGGAUCUUGCUGAACCGCUUGGAGUCGGAUUCGGAGUCCUCAAGCGGAAACUCCCAUUGCCCACUGAUUUCAAAUCAACUCUGAUCUGUCUUGAGAAAAAUUCGCAAUCUUUGUGGGGUCCAGAGAUCGAGUAUUUCCACGAGAAUGACAAUGCACCAGGGAGUGAUGCACAAAUAUACCAGCUACGCAUCGAGGAGACGCUUCCAACUCUCAAAAUCUCUGAGCUCAAAGAGUCUUGGCCUUCCACGGAUGUUGGAGUGCAAGCAAGCAUAGAGAGGUAA